UAGAACAGAACGUUAAAAGAUAACCUAACCUUUUUGUGCCGUGUGUGAUAGUAAAAUAAUUGUGGUUUUUCUUUCAAUAUUGUCGGAAAAUUCUAUUCCAUAUUAUCAGAAUAUGGUAGUCUUCAUCACAACAUAAAUAAUUGCAUCUGUGUUUGAAUAACUGACAAAAUAUUUUACUAUUAAAGAUGGAUUCCCCAUUGGUGUCCGCGUUUGCGAUUUAUAAAACAAAUAAAGAAAACAGUAAUAAAAAUCAAGGUAAAGGGAAUAAGAAACAGAAGAAUCGAAACACACCCAAGAAGUCUAAACAAAAUGUAAAUUUAGAUUCGCUAUCUGAAGACUUAGUUCGUCUAGGUGCAAAGAAACUAAAACAGAAGCAGAUGAAGGCAAAGGAGGCCAAAAACAUAGGUAAAAGAAAGAGUCAUAAGAAAAAGAAAGAAAAAGAAGUUAGGUCUGGUAAGAAGAAUCAAGUUAAAAGUAAGAAUACAGAAAGUAAGCCUAAAAUGCGUAAGACAUCAGAAAAUGAAGAAGUACCAACGUUAAUCCCAGCUAUCUACAAUGAGGCCCAUAAUCCAUCAGAACAAUCCGAUAGUGUUUGCUCACACUCAGAAGAUGGCUACAUUGAUUUUACGCCUGUACAAACAGACAGCAGAGAAGAAGCGUUAAAAGUAUUCAAGUGGAUGAUUGCACCUUAUGAUACAAAAGAAUUCUUUGACCGUAUUUGGGAGAAGAAGCCUCUACACAUUGCUAGGAACAAACCAAACUAUUACAUGGAAGUAAUUUCAACACCAAUCAUUGAUGAUAUGCUGCGUAAUGAAAACAUAAUGUUCACUAAAAAUGUUGACAUUACAUCUUAUGUAGAUAAUGAAAGAAAAACACACAAUCCUGAAGGGAAGGCAUAUCCACACUUGGUUUGGGAUUUCUAUCUUAAUGGCUGCAGCAUUAGAUUGCUAAACCCACAAACUUACAUCCCAAAAUUGCACUUGAUGAAUGCAACAAUGCAAGAAUUCUUCAACUCCUUUGUAGGUGCUAAUGCUUAUUUAACUCCACCGGACAGCCAAGGGUUUGCUCCACAUUAUGACGACAUUGAAGCCUUCAUCUUGCAAGCAGAAGGCAAGAAACAUUGGCGAAUCUAUAAACCACGUACCAAGGAUGAGGUUCUGCCAAGAUUUUCUUCAAAGAACUUUGAUCAGGAAGAAAUUGGGGAACCAAUUUUGGAGGUAACAUUGGAGGCUGGAGAUAUGCUGUACUUCCCCCGAGGUUACAUCCAUCAAGGGGUGACUAUUGAUGGUGAACAUUCCCUCCAUGUGACUAUAAGUAUGUACCAGAAGCACUCAUGGGCAGAUUUGUUCGAAAAACUUAUCUAUGGAGGACUUCAAAAGGCUAUUGCAGAAGACGUUGAAUUCAGAAAAGGGUUACCAUUUGAUCUAUUUGACAACUUUGGCUGUGUCCAUGAGAGUGAGACUAACCCUCGCCGAAAAGAAAUAGAAAAUAAAAUUAUGGCACUAUUCAGCAAAAUGAAGAAUUAUUUACCAAUAGAUGAUGCAGUAGAUCAGGUCACCAAGAGUUUCCAACAUGCUGCGUUGCCACCAGUCCUUAGCGACUUGGAAAAAGCAGUGACUGUGCACGGGGAUUCGGAUGUGAUGAUAGAAAAUGGGAAGGUUAUUAACAGGGUUGAAAUUGGUUUAGAUACAAGGAUACGACUUCUGCGCAAGAAUAUAGUGAGAUUAGUAGCAGAAGAAAGCUUGGCUCUUUAUUACUAUGCUGAAAAUUCUCUAGAGUACCAUGGGAAUGAAUUGUCAUUCAUAGAAGUGCAAGAGGAAAUGGCUCCAGCUAUCGAGGGCUUAAUAAAAGCUUAUCCAGAAUAUGUUGAAGUAGAGAGUUUGAAUUUGCCAAAUGAUUCUGACAAGUUGAAUUUAGCCGAUGCCUUAUGGUCUCGUGGAUUAAUUAUGACUGAGUAUCCAUUAGAGACUCUUGAGGAUGACUAAAGAAUGAUUAAAAACUUUUUCUGUCAUUAAA